AAUGAUUCCAUGUUUUUUCUAGUUUGUGAGGGUCAUACAACUCUAGAUGGUUGCCUGUGGUUGAUGGUACCCCUGCCAACCAUGGAAACGGAAACCGACACCUGCCCCACCGUGCACCACAAUGGUACAGCCCAUCGAGAAUCCACACGUCCUGCUGCUGAUGUUCUGAGACUUCAUUUCUACCACAGCAACCAAGGAGAGGCAAACUGCAGCUUCCUCAGCUACCCACCUGGGGACUACGUGGCUGAGGAGUUGUGUAUAGAUGCAGCGAAGGCAUGCAGUAUAUCACCUCUGUACUGCAGCCUCUUUGGUCUCUUCCGAGAGAGAGACCGCUUGUGGUUUUCACCCAACCACAUCUUCCAGCUUGAAGAAUCAGCUUCAGAAGAUGUGUUUUUCAGAAUAAGGUACUAUUUCCCUGGCUGGUACAGUGGUGGGGCAGCCAGAGCAUUUCGACACGGGGUUGCCAAGGGGUCAGAAAGCCCUGUCCUUGAUGACUUUGUGAUGUCAUACCUCUUCUGGCAGUGGAGGACUGACUUUGUAAAUGGUUUGGUGAAGAUCCCAAACUCCCAUGAGACUCAGGAAGAGUGCCUGGGCAUGGCGGUCCUGGACAUGACCAGAACGGCCAAGGAGAAACAAACAUCACCGCUCGACAUUUACCACACUAUAAGCUAUAAGUCCUUCUUGCCAAAGGACGUGAAAGCGCAGAUCCAGGACUGCAACUUCCUGACCCGCAAGCGUAUCCGCUUCCGCUUUAAGCGCUUCAUCCAGCAGUUCAGUCAGUGUCGGACCACGGCACGAGACCUCAAGCUCAAGUACCUCAUCAGCAUGGAGUCCCUGGAGAGGGCUUUCUAUACUGAGACCUUCCAGGUCCGGGAACCGUCCAGUGGACUGCACAUCAUCCUGGUGGCAGCGGACAGUGGCAUCCAGUGGUGCAGAGAAAAAUUAAAAGAUACUGGCCAGGAGCUACAGACCUUGUGUGACUUUCCUGAUGUCACUGACAUCAGUAUCAAACAGGCCAGCAAGGAGGGUGCUGCAGAGAGUCGUGUGGUCACAAUCAACAAACAAGAUGGCAAGAUUCUGGAGCUGGAAUUCUCCAGCCUGUCUGAAGCCCUCUCCUUUGUGUCCCUCAUCGAUGGCUACUAUCGUCUGACAACAGAUGCACAUCACUACCUUUGUAAAGAAGUAGCUCCUCCUCGGCUUGUGGAGGCCAUCGCUUCACAUUGCCAUGGCCCAAUCUCAAUGGAGUUUGCCAUCAGCCGGCUUCAAAAAAGUGGAAACAAGCGAGGAUUAUACAUUUUGAGAUGUAGCCCAAAAGACUUUAACAAGUAUUUUCUGACUUUCCCUGUUCAGGUGUAUGAUGCAGUAGAAUACAAACACUGUCAGAUCACCAGGUCUGAAAGUGGGGAGUUUAACCUCAGUGGAACCAAAAGAAACUUCAGCAGCCUGCAGGAACUACUAAGCUGCUACCAAAAGGAAACUGUGCGCUCUGAAAGCGUCAUUUUCCAAUUCAGCAAGUGCUGUCCACCUAAAUCCAAAGAAAAGUCUUGCCUCCUGGUGUGCAGGAGCAACAAAGGCUCUGAAGUGCCUCCAUCUCCAUCACUACAUCGACACAACAUCAGUCAGAUGGUGUUUCACAAGAUCAGGAAGGAAGAUCUGGAAUUUAUGGAGAGUUUAGGUCAAGGGACAUUUACAAAGAUCUUCAAAGGGGUCCGUAAAGAGCUGGGAGAUUACGGACUGGUCCACCAGACUGAAGUAGUCAUGAAAGUCCUGCACGAAGCCCACAGGAAUUACUCUGAGUCUUUCUUUGAAGCUGCCAGUAUGAUGAGCCAGUUGUCACAUAAACACCUGAUCCUUAACUACGGCGUGUGUGUCUGCGGAGAAGAAAAUAUCAUGGUGCAGGAGCUUGUGAAGUUUGGGUCUCUGGACACCUACUUGAAGAAAAACAAGAACUUGAUAAACAUCCUAUGGAAGCUGGAGGUGGCCAAGCAGCUGGCCUGGGCCAUGAACUUCUUGGAAGAAAAGAAUCUAGUCCACGGGAAUGUCUGUGCUAAAAACAUUCUUCUGAUCAGAGAGGAUGACCGACGGGCCGGCAACCCCCCCUUCAUUAAACUCAGUGACCCUGGCAUCAGCAUCACGGUCCUGCCGAGAGAAAUUCUGAUUGAGAGGAUCCCGUGGGUGCCCCCUGAGUGUAUCGAAGACCCUGCCAACCUGAACCUGGCUGCAGACAAGUGGAGCUUUGGCACCACACUAUGGGAGAUCUGCAGUGGUGGGGAGAAACCUUUAGCAACACUUGACAACUCUAAGAAAACCCUGUUCUAUGAAGACCACCACCAGCUUCCUGCUCCGAAGUGGACAGAGCUGGCUAAUUUGAUCACCAGCUGCAUGGACUACGAGCCCACGUUCAGACCCACAUUUCGUGCCAUUAUUCGUGACCUCCACAGCCUCUUCACACCAGACUACGAGCUCAUCGUGGACAGUGACAUCCUGCCCAACAGGACGGCUGGCACAGGCUGGGCGACUGGCGGCUUUGAGAGUCAAGAGCCUGCUCAGUUUGAAGAGAGACACCUCAUAUUCUUACAGCAGCUGGGCAAGGGAAAUUUUGGCAGUGUGGAGAUGUGUCGAUAUGACCCACUUCAGGACAACACCGGAGAGGUGGUGGCUGUGAAGAAACUCCAGCACAGCACUGCAGAGCACUUACGAGACUUUGAGAGAGAGAUCGAGAUCCUCAAAUCUCUGCAGCACGAGAACAUCGUCAAGUACAAAGGAGUUUGCUACAGUGCAGGGCGACGAAAUCUCCGCCUCAUCAUGGAAUAUCUGCCUUUUGGCAGCUUGCGAGAUUACCUCAUGAAAAACAGGGAGAGGAUCGACCACAAGAAGCUUGUGCAUUACACUUCUCAGAUCUGCAAGGGUAUGGAAUACCUGUCGAGUAAGCGGUAUAUCCACAGAGACUUGGCAACACGAAAUAUCCUUGUGGAAAGCGAACUGAGGGUGAAGAUCGGAGAUUUUGGCCUCACCAAAGUUCUGCCUCAGGAUAAAGAGUACUACAUGGUCAAAGAGCCAGGAGAGAGUCCCAUAUUUUGGUAUGCCCCCGAGUCGUUGACUGAGAGCAAGUUCUCCGUGGCCUCAGAUGUCUGGAGCUUUGGAGUGGUGCUCUAUGAACUCUUCACCCACAGUGACAAGAACAGCAGCCCUCCUGCAGUUUUCAUGUCCAUGAUGGGAAACGACAAGCAGGGACAGUUAAUCGUCUAUCACCUCAUCGAGCUCCUCAGAUCAGGCAGCAGGCUGCCUCAACCUCUGGGAUGUCCCACAGAGGUGAAUGAGAUCAUGGAGGAGUGCUGGGACAACGACCCUGAAUUGCGACCUUCUUUCAAGGAGCUUGCGCUGCGCAUCGACUUGUUCAGGGACAGUAAAGAGUUUUAGACAAAAAAAAAAA